AUGCAAAUUGAUCAGCGACUGGUGGUUUUACUCGUCUACGUGGAAGCGAUGUUCCUCACCUCCACGGCUUACUAUUCCCGGUGGGGUGAAUGGGGGCCGUGGACGCCUUGUAACUCGUUCUGCGGCAUCGGCAACACAGAACGACAUCGCCCGUGUGAGGAUGUUUUGGGAAGAGCGGCCGACGGGUGCGGGGACGAGGAGGAUUCGAUAGAGAUCGCCGAAUCUCCGCAGGUCAAAGGUUUCAUGGAUUGGACGGACUGGGAUGAGUGGUCAUCCUGCAUCGGGAAAUGCGGCAAGAGGUUUCGAUAUCGCGAGUGUUACGAUUACGGGCAGACCGGCUUCGUGAGGGGUUGCUAUGGUAAAUCUGACGAGUGGGAGGACUGUGGCAUACCGAGCUGUCCCAAGCUGAAGGAUAAGCCAAAGACAAAGGACUAUCGAAUUUUAGACUAUGCAUCAUGGACCGACUGGGAGGAAUGGACGCACUGCGGUAGAUCAUGCGGAGGAGGGAAGAAGUAUCGGAAACGUGAGUGUCGCAAUGAGCGUGACAUCCAUAGCGUCCUCUCCUUUACUGCUUGCGGCGGUCCAGACGUAGAUGAUCUUAAUGCAACGUACAGUUAUGCCCGGGUCAAAAACAAUUUGUAA